CAUAGAUUCACCUCCUUUCUUUUUCAAUUUUUUUUCCUUAAUAUGCCAAAAUUAGUUAUAAACUUAACUAUCGAAUUGAUUUUUUUUUUAAUUAUGGUUAGUCUAGAAAAUACGUAACGAUAUCAAAUGGGGGGGCCUAUAGUCAUCUCUUUUUUUUUCUCAUUUAAAUUACACUGUAAAAAAACCCAAGAACAAAAAGAAAACCUUAUAAGUUACUCCUCUUUUUUCUCCUCCUCCUCGUGAAGGAAAACUCUUUUAGUCAUUUCGCUCCUCGAGAAUUACGCAGCACGAAACAAAAGCCCCAGAGAUAACUCAGAAAAAGUGUGAAGUAAAUAACACAGAAGAAACAGAGAAUGACGGCAUCAGGAGGAGGAGGAGGAGGAGGAGGAUCAGCGGCGGCGGGAGCGGGAGUGACGGGAAGGAUGCCGACGUGGAAGGAGAGAGAGAACAACAAGAAGAGAGAGAGAAGAAGAAGAGCCAUAGCAGCUAAGAUAUUCACCGGACUCAGAUCUCAGGGCAAUUACAAACUCCCUAAGCACUGUGACAACAAUGAAGUCCUCAAAGCUCUUUGCGUCGAAGCUGGUUGGAUCGUCCACGAAGACGGUACCACUUACCGGAAGGGAUCCCGCCCAACAGAAGCAACACCGCCGCGCGUGAGCGCGUGUUCCUCAAUCCAGCUCAGUCCACAAUCAUCGGCCUUUCAAAGCCCAAUUCCGUCGUACCAAGCGAGCCCAGCCUCGUCGUCUUACCCAAGCCCGACCCGGUUCGAUCACAACCCUGUCCGGUUCGACCCCAAUCAAUCCUCUGCUUAUCUCAUCCCUUACCUUCAAAACCUCGCUUCGUCGGGAAACCUCGCUCCUCUCCGAAUUUCCAAUAGUGCCCCUGUAACACCUCCGAUUUCGUCUCCUAGAAGCUCAAAUCCGAGACUUCCUAGAUGGCAAAGCAGUAAUUUCCCAAUCUCAGCUCCUUCAAGCCCAACACGGCGUCUCCACCACUACACAUCGAUUCCCGAAUGCGACGAAUCGGAUGUCUCCACGGUUGAUUCUUGUCGAUGGACCAGUUUCCAGCCGGUAACCGUCUCUCAGACAUGUCCGCCGUCGCCAACUUUCAACCUCGUCAAAAAUAGCGUUUGUGUUAGCGGUAGUGGCCGCGGCGGAGGAGACGUGGCCGUGAAGCCGUGGGAAGGUGAGAAGAUUCACGAUGUUGGUAUCGAUGACUUGGAGCUGACGUUAGGUAACGCUAAAGGACGCGGCUAGAAGGUUGAGAAGGGUAAUAUCGUAAUUCUAAAUAUUAGGAAUGGAUCGGUUCGGUAACGUGUUUCCGGUUUAACCGUAGCUAAUAGAAAGAUGGUCUAGGGAUCUUCACGUAUUCAUGAGCCAUGAGUCCAUGACCACCACUGUACAGUCAUUAUCAAUGAUGCUUCAUUUCACA